AUGAGCUGACGUGUACAUAGUCCCCAGCUAUCACUUGACGUCAGGUUUACUUCAUUAAGUGAAAUUCAUGGCAAGCGUACAACAGUUGCUAGCUAUUGAUCUGCUAAAAAUAAAAAAGAAAGAUUUUGUAAAGUAAAGCAUAAUAUAGCAAGUAGUUACUGUAGUCAUCAUAAUGGGAGGAAAACUGACUUGUGAAGCAGAAUCAUGCCUAACAGAGCAUGGCAAAGAGGGGAUAUGGUAUAAAUGCAAUGAAAGCCAUUACUUUUGCAGCCUCCACCAAAAAAAGAGUACAUGCCCUAUACAUACCAAUGAGGAACGCCUGCCUUGUGAUGUUGAGUCAUGCUAUAGGACAGACUGUGAAAGUGGUGAAUGGUUUGACUGCAAUGAAUCGCACCAUUUGUGCAGCUUUCACAGGAGUGGAAAAAAGUGUCCAUGCCAUAUGCGUAGGUCAUGUCGUGCUACUGGCUGCACUAACACUGACUGCAGUUUUGGUAAUUGGUACAAAUGUAACUAUGAGCACUAUUACUGUACCACUCAUCAGAAUAAAGAGACAUGCCCUUUAGAUGCAUAUGGUCACAAAACAUGCGAUGCUUGUAAAAAUAUAGAAUGGAGGAGUGGUAUUUGGUAUGAUUGCAAUAAAGAGCAUCACUUCUGCAGGGAGCACCGGCGGAAAGAGAAAUGCCCCGUCGACAGAAGAUAUAAAAGGAAAACAUAAAAACUACAAGACAAACUAUUUAUAUUGCUAUGAAGUGGAUUAGUAGAUACUUUUGCUGCUCCUAGGCUAGCAUCACUUUUCAAUUUUAAAUGUCCCACAUUACUUAUUAUAAUUGUUUUUUUAAUUCUGUUAGUCAAAUUUAUGCAG